CCCGGUUGCCAUAAGAAUGGGAUCCAUCAAACAUAUGACAGGAUCAUGACCUAGCUGUUUUCGAUCCGACCCAAUAGCUUCCUUUCUCAUAUUCCCAGUUCGCAAGGGAAAGCAGCAGAGGGUUGAGAUGGGAGCAAUAACGAGCGCGGUGGUGGCCAUGGUGGUGGUGAUCCUGGGGUGGAUCACCAUCGAGAUCGCCUGCAAGCCCUGCCUCGAGCAGGGCCGCGAAGCCAUCGACCGCGCCCUCGACCCCAACUACGAUCCGGACUCCUCCCUCGUGUCCCAGAACCGCCCCACCGCCGCCACCGAAGAACCCCUCCUCGGCCCCGCCCCUUCCGCCACGCCCGCCUCGAGUAUCAAGUGAUCCGCGCCUCGCCUCUCCUUCUUGACCGGGUAACGUUGCCGAUCGAUCUUUGGAUGACCGUCUUUGUACCCAUCUGUUCUACAUGUUUGUUGCCCCUUUUCUUUCUUCUCGAGGAUUGACAGGCGUUCUGCCUAAUGAAUUAUAAUAGCUGGGUGUUGAUCUA